AUGAGCAGCGAUCGGCUUACCGGGAAGGUGAAGUGGUUCAACGACCAGAAGGGCUACGGGUUCAUCACCCCCGACAACGGCGACGAAGAUCUCUUCGUCCACCAGACCUCCAUUCGGGCCGAGGGCUUCCGCAGCCUCGGGGAGAAUGAGGAGGUCGAGUACCAGAUCGAGAGCUCCAACGACGGCCGCACCAAGGCGAUCGACGUGACCGGCCCCAACGGCGCUCCCGUCCAGGGCGGCCCCAGCGGCGGCGGCGGAGGAGGCGGUGGAUACGGAGGCGGCGGUGGCAGGGGAGGCCGCGGAGGAGGUGGCUACGGCGGUGGAGGCUACGGUGGCGGCGGAGGUUAUGGUGGUGGAGGUGGGUACGGUGGUGGUGGGUAUGGAGGCGGCGGUGGCAGGGGUGGCCGUGGAGGUGGCGGCGGUGGGUGCUUCUCUUGCGGCGAGGCUGGACACAUGGCCAGGGACUGUCCCAGUGGAGGAGGCGGCGGUGGAGGCAGGUAUGGAGGCGGUGGUGGCGGCGGCGGCGGUGGAGGCGGCUGCUACAACUGCGGUGGGAGUGGGCAUUUCGCCAGGGAGUGUCCCAACAGCGGCGGUGGAGGCGGUCGCUGA